AUGCUGCCUGUGGCCAAAGGGGAGGAGGGGGCUGCCUGGACUGGAGGGGGCUGGCGGACGGGGUUCGAGGGAAGGGGGAGCACCCCAGCCCAUGAAGGGGGUCCGAGUGAUGCCGAUUCUGGCCGCUCAAGUCCCAGCAGCUUGGACUCGUUGUCCCUGGAGUGGGACCCCUCUGUUGACAUUGGAGAUGCGGGUGCAGACAAGGGGACCGAUGGCCCUCACAGCCCAGCGGCAGGCAUGUUCAUCGGCCUGGAGUUGAAGAGCUAUGGGACGAGUCGCCAGGACUGGAGGCGGCCAGAAGCUGAGUGGAGGUCACCUGAGCAGGUCUGUGUGGAGCACCAGUGUGGGCCUGAGGUUGGUGCCGUGUCAGGUGAGCAGGGACCUGGUGAGGCAGAGAUACAGAAGACAACUGCUGGACCCGCUCGGGGUGCUCCGGGUCUUGGAGAGAAGACCGUAGAGAUGAGGAGGAUGAGAGAGGCUGAGGUGGACAGUCAAGUGGGGCAGUGUCGGGACUAUGAACCACCAAGAGUUCUGCUGGGUCCACACCAAUUCCACCCAGGAGGUGACCCAGGUCCGAUGUCGAUAAGAGACAGCGAUGGGGAGCAGUGGCCACACACAACAGAGCCAGAGCAGAGAUGGGGGCUGAAAGGAGCACCGGCCUCCGGAGAGGGUUCAGGAGACAGCAUCCAGCUGCGUCUACCAUCUGGGCCUGCCAGGAAGAGUUAUCUACCCCUUGGGCGUUAUCUCCACCCUCCAGUCUGCCUUCAACAUCUGUGUCGUCUCCUUGCUGCCCUCUCUAUCUUCCUUCUCCUUGCCCUGAUGGCUGCCAUCUUCCUUCUCCCUUCACUGGUAACACAACAGGACUGGCAUUGGAGAGAUACCUUCCUGCCGUUUAAUUUUGCACUGACCUACCCGAAUGGUCCACCACCAACAUAACCAGAGAAGCUGCACGCUCUUGGUUUCGGACUCCUGGACAACAGAAAGGGGAGCUUGCAGUGAGUAAAGAACCUGUGGCAGUCAAGAGGGAGCAGCUGAGCCAGAAUGUGGAGAGUCCUUGGGUGCGUGUGAAACUAAUGUCGCCCAACCUCUGACUACAUGUCAAGACCAGUCACAUGGGUUUAAGGUCACAGACGCCAAAAUCCUACGGCCACAAACAUCCGCUUCCCUUGACAAAGACACCGGGAGUAUUGUGUGCAGUUUUGGUCCCCUAAUUUGAGGAAGGACAUUCUUGCUAUUGAGGGAGUGCAGUGUAGAUUUACAAGGUUAGUUCCCGGGAUGGCGGGACUGUCACAUGCUGAGAGAAUGGAGUAGCUGGGCUUGUACACUCUGGAGUAGAUAAGGACGAGAGGGGAUCUUGUUGAAACAUUUAAGAUUAUUAAGGGUUUGGAAGCAGGAAACAUGUUCCCGAUGUUGGGGAAGUCAAGAACCAGGGGCCACAUACAGUUUAAGAAUAAGGGGUCGGCCAUUUAGAACGGAGACGAGGAAACACUUUUUCACCCAGAGAGCUGUGAGUCUGUGGAAUUCUCUGCCUCAGAGGGCGGUUCUCUGGAUACUUUCAAGAGAGCUAGAUAGAGCUCUUAAAAAUAGCGGAGUCAGGGGAUAUGGGGAGAAGGCAGGAACGGGGUACUGAUUGGGGAUGAUCAGCCAUGAUCACAUUGAAUGGCGGUGCUGGCUCGAAGGGUUGAGUGGCCUAAUCCUGCACCUAUUGUCUAUCUUCAGGGUUAGACUCCAGGAUUGCACAGUUAGGGGGGUU